AUGGUGAACUUCUUUCAGCCAUGGCUGACUUCCGGCCUUUUACUUUCUUUAAUCGCUCAGCCUGUCCUCGGCCACCCCAAGAUGAUCGAACUGCAGGAGAUUGAACACAUAGACGGCUCCUUUCUCCAGAAACGCGAGGCAAUGCCAUAUGCAGGCUUCGAUCGCAUGACAUCGGACUCGCUCUACUGGGGUGCCUCCCAAGAUGGCAAAUCAUCUCUUGCAAAGUUUACUGUUAAAUCCGAUUCUGAGGAAUUGAACAUUAUUAACAUCGAGAAAUUUCGGGACAAGCUCCGCACUGUGAACUGUACCCAGACUAGCCUUGCGGUUGACUACAUUGACCCGGCCUCUUUCGAUCGUGCUCAGCAAGCAUGGAACUGGAUUAACCAGAGCAAGAACCAUAGUCUGGUCGUUAUUGCCGGUCGUGGCCAUUGCGGUUGGAACAAGCAGAGAAUGCCUUUCCACGUUUCAGAAAUCCAUUUUGAUAAAAAUACUCAAACCGCUAAACUAAUUGGCAAGGCAUCUGAGUGGACUGAAGUUUUCCAAAGCUACGACCUCACCAUCGGUCAAACGUCUGACCACGGAAAGCGUGGCUUUGGUGACAUUAGCUACGACAAGGACUUCAACAUUGACUUCUCCCAUGACCUUACUUUCAGCAAAGAAAUCCCUAUCCCUAGCACGGACUUCCACAUCGACUUAGGCUGUGACUCGUGUGGAACCAAAGGCUCCUUUGACAUUGGCCUCCAUAUCGCAGUCCACUGGGCUUCGCUUAAGACAGCCUCUGUAACCCUCAAGCCUUCCGGUGUGAGCCUUGACAUAAAGCCAUCCAUCGGAAUCGGCGGUAACUUCUCAAAAGAGAUUGGCGAUGAAUUCGAAUUGGCUACAGUCCCACUCGCUGGAAUCUCGAUCAAGAGCAUUGUUGAGAUCGGACCCCAGCUUAAGUUAAGCGCAGGGUACGGUCUCAGUGAUGUUUCUGGAGAAGCAACUGUUUCUGCGGGUGUGUCGGUCGGGUUUGAUGAUUCGGCGUCGCUUGAGCUCGAUAUCACGGAUGCGAAAGUGAAACAGGACGGAUGGACUCCGAAAGUGAAGCCCCUUCCCUUAACGGUUGAUGCCGAAAUCAGUGCUACCGCGGAGGUGUACGCCAAGGCUGCUGCUGAGCUCGCUCUCAAGGUUUUCAAAUAUGGAUGGGAGGCCGGCAUUGAGCUCAAGCCCAAUGUUCAAGCCACUCUCAAGCUCUCUGAAUCAACCAAUGGCGUAUGUUCCGAUGAUAGUGAUAAACAUAUCUUUGGGGUGGCUUUCUCUCCUUCGGCCAGUGUGAGCCUGGAUGCAUAUGUCCAGAAGGCCGAUGAUCCCCAGAACCCAUUAGUGCAAACAACUAUCGCACAAAUUGAUGCACCCCUUGAUGAGAAGUGCUUCCCCUUCGGACCGAAGGCUGCAGACCAGUCUACCACUUCCGCUGCUGGUUCAAAGACUUCCUCUGCUUCUUCGACCGCGGUGCCUUCUUCCUCGGCUACCCCCUCUUCGAAAUCCCCUCGCCCCCCCAGUUCGACUGGAUCUGCCACUCCUAGCUGGACCCCCACUCCCAGUCCUUCAGCUCCUGCUCCUAACCUUCACCUGCGUGACCACCGUCGGCACCGUCGCCACGGGUGGCAGCACUAG